AUGGUCUCGUUGAAUGAAGUAAUAGUUGCUGUUCUCGAUGGCAUCCAAUUCGACGCAUUUGGCGGCGAUGAAGUAGAGCGUCUGAAGGUCCGCUCUGCGGCGCGUCGGCUGCUCGCCAGAGUUGAAACACCAUAUGAGCGGGCAUGGGGCUUCUGCUUUGAGCAUCCCAUAGUUUUUGCUGCUUUGCAAACAUGUAUCAAUCUGGGACUGUGGAAGAAGUGGACUGGUAUUGGAGGUGGUGAGAAAUCUAUUGAUGAGUUAGUGGCAAUGACCACGCCGACUGUUGAGACUAAUCUGCUACGUAAUUUCACUUCCGAUUUCAUUCUUUUAAUUGAACACCAAGCUAAUCAGAGACAUUCAGGUCGACUCUUUCGCUUAAUGGCGGCUUUCAAUAUUGUUGAAGAGGCAGGCGAAGACAGAUUCAAGCCUACUCCCUUCUCAUUUGCUAUUGGUGAUGAAAAUACCAAGGUCCGAGCCUCACUUGAAGCAGCUACAAACCAAUAUUUCGCCGCGAACCAGAACCUACCGAGCUACCUCGCCAAGACCUCGUACAAGGAGCCAACAGACAUUAACGUGAACAACUACUCGGACUCCGAUCCAGAAGGUCUCAAUUUCUUUGGUCGUCUAGGAGCCAGUCCUAAUUGCUUGGAAGCCUUCACUGGUCAUAUGGAAGCAUGGACAGCGUGGAAAACUCCCUGGACAAAUGUCUACGAUACAAAGGAUCUGUUGGAAGGUUCAAAGCUUGACGACGGCUCUGCAUUUGUAGUUGAUAUCGGUGGGAACACAGGCAUUGAUGUUUCCCGUGUGUUGAACAAGCAUCCAGAGCUUCCUGCGGGUGCCCUGAUUCUGCAAGAUCUGCCGGAGGUUAUUGCCAAUGCCAAAGUUGAUGAGAAAAUUACAACAAUGGUGCAUGAUUUCUUCUUGCCGCAGCCAAUCAAAGGAAGUCGGGCCUACUUCAUGCACGCCGUUCUCCACGAUUGGCCAGAUCAUAAAGCCAAACAAUUGCUGGAAAAUACAAGGGACUCCAUGGUGAAGGGGUACUCGAAACUUUUUAUAUAUGAUAUUGUUCUUCCGUCCACCGGGGCAAGUAUCAGUCAAACGACCAUGGAUGUACAGAUGCUAGCACUGCUGUCUGCUUCUGAGCGGACUGAAGGUGCAUGGAAGAAACUUUUGGCUGAUGCUGGGCUUCGAGUUUGCAAAUUUUGGCCUGAUCCUCAGCAGUAUGAGAUGGUGAUUGAGGCUGAAAUUGCGUAG